CUUGUGAAUUGAGUCGACAGUACUCCACAUUACUGUAGACUAAUCGAAGGUUUGAAAGAGCACAAAAAAUGCGAUUUAUAGGUAGCCUAGCCUAGCCUACCUCGUCCUCGAAGGUCAUCAUGGGAGGAAUGGAAGAAAAAGCAGUCGUCCUUGGUAGAAUAGGUGCUGAUGAAGCUGAGGGGAGGGAAAUCUGGGUCGGAUUUCAGCUUUACUGGGGGUCGGUGGGAGGACUAGUAUUUUGGAAUAUACGAAGAUUCGUAGAAGGCACAGUGGACAUAAAACCGCGGUUCUUGCCCUGACGCGGUGGGUGUAAAGUGCCGGCUGGGGCCCCGCGUUGGAUUCCACUUUGAUUUUGGAAGGUUGACUGCAUGGUUCGGUUGUAGUCUCUGGGAACACAUACACAGACAACACAGAAAGAAAGCCGUUUCUGCUGCAUCCUAUUUUUUUUCUCACCCAAGGUCCUGCAUGUCUAAUAUUUAGACAUGUUCAGCUUUGUGGAUUCACGGACUGUUCUGCUACUUCUAGCAUCCCAAGUUGUUUUACUAUCCAUUGUCAGAUGUCAAGAGGAUGACCAGGAGGCGGGCGGCUGCAUCCAAGACGGCCAUGGCUAUAAUGAGAAGGAUGUGUGGAAGCCGAACCCAUGCCGUAUCUGUGUGUGUGACGGCGGGACGGUGCUGUGUGAUGACAUCAUCUGCGAGGAGAUGACAAUGUGUGCCAACCCCAUCAUCCGACCCGGAGAGUGUUGCCCCAUCUGCCCUGCUGAUGCCAGCACACCUAUUGAGGCGGUGGUUGGUGCUAAGGGCCAGAAAGGUGAACCAGGCGAUAUUGCAGAUGUUGUAGGACCAGCUGGACCAGCAGGCCCUAUGGGCCCCCCAGGAGAGCAGGGACCACGCGGAGAAGUUGGACUUAAGGGUGAUAAGGGAAACGUUGGCCCCAGAGGUAGAGACGGAGAGCCUGGCAUCCCCGGGAACCCUGGGCCCCCUGGCCCCCCUGGACCCAAUGGAGCCCCAGGCCUCGGUGGGAACUUUGCUGCUCAGAUGGCUGGUGGAUUUGAUGAGAAGGCUGGUGGAGCCCAGAUGGGAGUGAUGCAAGGACCUAUGGGCCCUAUGGGUCCCCGGGGCCCCCCUGGCCCUUCAGGAGCCCCUGGCCCACAAGGUUUCCAAGGUAACCCCGGAGAGACUGGAGAGCCUGGCCCGGCUGGGGCACUGGGACCACGCGGACCCCCUGGACCUUCUGGCAAACCAGGAAGUGAUGGUGAGGCUGGCAAACCUGGAAAGGCUGGUGAGCGUGGGCCCGCUGGACCUCAGGGAGCACGUGGAUUCCCUGGAACUCCUGGUCUUCCCGGAAUCAAAGGACACAGAGGUCACCCUGGUCUGGAUGGAUCUAAGGGAGAAAGCGGUGCAGCUGGAGCCAAGGGUGAGGCUGGUGCCCCCGGGGAGAACGGAGCCCCUGGACCAAUGGGACCACGCGGUCUGCCUGGCGAGAGAGGCCGUCCUGGACCUUCUGGAGCUGCUGGUGCCCGCGGUAAUGAUGGCUUACCUGGCCCUGCUGGUCCUCCUGGGCCUGUGGGACCUGCUGGAGCACCUGGUUUCCCUGGAUCUCCUGGUGCCAAGGGAGAAGCUGGACCCACUGGUGCCCGUGGAGCUGAGGGAGCCCAGGGACCCCGCGGAGAGGCUGGCACACCCGGAUCGCCUGGACCCGCUGGUGCCUCUGGCAACCCUGGUACUGAUGGUAUUCCUGGAGCUAAAGGAUCUGCUGGCGCCUCUGGUAUUGCUGGUGCACCUGGUUUCCCAGGGCCCCGUGGCCCCCCCGGACCUCAGGGAGCAACAGGGCCUCUUGGGCCCAAGGGACAGUCGGGAGACCCCGGUAUUCCUGGUUUCAAAGGAGAGGCCGGACCCAAGGGAGAGCUUGGCCCUGCCGGUCCCCAAGGCGCCCCUGGCCCCGCAGGAGAGGAGGGCAAGAGAGGACCAAGAGGAGAGCCCGGUGCUGCUGGACCACUUGGGCCUCCUGGCGAGAGAGGAGCACCUGGUAACCGUGGUUUCCCAGGACAGGAUGGUCUUGCUGGUGCUAAGGGAGCCCCUGGAGACCGUGGCGUACCCGGCCUGGCCGGUGCCAAGGGAAGCACUGGUGACCCAGGACGCACUGGAGAGCCUGGUCUCCCCGGCGCUAGAGGUCUCACUGGUCGCCCUGGUGAUGCUGGUCCUCAAGGCAAAGUCGGCCCUGGUGGUUCCCCUGGUGAGGACGGUCGCCCCGGCCCACCAGGGCCUCAGGGAGCCCGUGGCCAGCCUGGAGUUAUGGGAUUCCCCGGACCAAAGGGAGCCAAUGGUGAGCCUGGCAAGACAGGAGAGAAGGGUCUCGUGGGUCGUCCUGGUCUGAUAGGUCUGGCUGGUAAAGAUGGUGAGACUGGCGCUGUUGGACCUCACGGCCCUCCUGGACCUGCUGGUGAGAGAGGAGAACAGGGAGCGCCGGGACCUUCUGGCUUCCAGGGUCUGCCCGGACCUGCCGGCCCCCCAGGAGAAGGAGGCAAGCCUGGCGACGCGGGUGUCCCUGGAGAGGCUGGUGCUGCUGGUGCCACAGGACCCAGAGGCGAACGUGGAUUCCCUGGCGAGAGGGGCGGCGCCGGACCUCAGGGUCUGCAGGGACCUCGUGGACUUCCUGGAACUCCCGGAUCAGAUGGACCAAAGGGAGCCAUUGGGCCAGCUGGUGGUGCUGGAGCUCAGGGACCACCCGGCCUGCAGGGCAUGCCAGGAGAGAGAGGAGCUGGUGGGAUCCCCGGAGCCAAGGGUGACAGAGGUGACAAUGGCGAGAAAGGACCCGAGGGCGCUCCUGGAAAGGACGGUUCUAGAGGUUUAACUGGUCCUAUUGGCCCACCUGGCCCAUCCGGUCCCAACGGAAACAAGGGUGAGACUGGACCUUCUGGCCCAACCGGAGCUGCUGGUGCCCGUGGUGCUCCCGGUGACCGUGGUGAGGUUGGUCCUCCCGGGCCUGCUGGCUUUGCCGGUCCUCCUGGUGCUGAUGGUCAACCUGGAGCUAAGGGAGAGUUGGGUGAGAGCGGACAGAAGGGAGAUGCCGGUGCCCCUGGACCUCAGGGACCUUCUGGUGCCCCUGGACCUGUGGGACCCACUGGUGUGUCUGGACCUAAAGGAGCUCGUGGUGCCCAGGGUGCCCCUGGUGCUACUGGUUUCCCUGGUGCUGCUGGAAGAGUUGGUUCUCCCGGUCCCAAUGGUAACCCUGGUGCUGCUGGCCCCGCUGGCCCUGCUGGUAAAGAUGGUCCUAAGGGAGUCCGUGGUGACACUGGCCUCCCAGGCAGACAGGGAGACGCUGGGCUGCGUGGACCUGCUGGUGCCCCUGGCGAGAAGGGAGAUGCUGGAGAGGAUGGUAAACCUGGUCCUGAUGGUCCUUCAGGUCCCCAAGGUCUGGCAGGCUCUCGGGGUAUUGUGGGUCUGCCUGGGCAGCGUGGAGAGAGGGGCUUCCCUGGCCUUCCUGGACCUUCUGGAGAACCCGGUAAGCAGGGUGCUUCUGGUGCUAGUGGUGACCGUGGACCCCCUGGGCCUGUGGGACCCCCUGGAUUGACUGGUCCUGCUGGAGAGCCUGGAAGAGAGGGCAACGCUGGCUCUGACGGGCCACCUGGUAGAGAUGGAUCAACUGGUGUCAAGGGUGAGCGUGGUAACACAGGUCCUGCUGGUGCUCCUGGUGCCCCCGGCGCUCCCGGUGCCCCCGGCCCUGUGGGUCCCUUGGGCAAGCAGGGAGACAGAGGAGAGUCGGGUGCUCAAGGACCCGCCGGACCCGCUGGACCCGCUGGUGCUAGAGGAAUGGCUGGACCCCAAGGACCUCGCGGAGACAAGGGAGAGUCUGGCGAGACAGGAGAGAGGGGCCAGAAGGGCCACCGUGGCUUCACCGGUCUCCAGGGUCUUCCUGGACCUCCCGGCCCCGCCGGAGACCAAGGAGCUGCUGGACCUGCCGGACCAAGCGGCGCCAGGGGACCUGCUGGCCCAUCCGGCCCUGCUGGUAAAGAUGGAUCUAGCGGUACCCCAGGACCCCUUGGACCCCCUGGACCUCGUGGUCGUUCUGGAGAGACUGGUCCUGCUGGUCCUCCUGGUAACCCCGGACCCCCCGGGCCCCCCGGUCCUCCUGGCCCUGGCAUCGACAUGUCUGCCUUCGCCGGCCUGUCUCAGCCUGAGAAGUCCCCCGAUCCCCUGAGGUACAUGAGGGCCGACGAGGCAUCCAGCUCCCUGAGGCAGCACGAUGUGGAGGUGGACUCCACGCUCAAAUCCCUCAACAGCCAGAUCGAAAACCUGCGCAGCCCCGACGGUAGCCAGAAGAACCCGGCCCGCACCUGCAGAGACCUUAAACUGUGCCACCCCGAGUGGAAGAGCGGCGAAUAUUGGGUGGAUCCCAACAUUGGCAGCACAGCCGACGCCAUCAAGGUCUUCUGCAACAUGGAGACCGGCGAGACCUGUGUGUACCCCAGCAUAGCCAACGUGCCACAGAAGAACUGGUGGACCAGCAAGAGCAAAGACCGCAAACACGUCUGGUUCGGAGAGACCAUGAACGGAGGAUUCCACUUCAGCUACGCUGAGGACGGAACCAAUGCAGCCAGUAUCCAGCUGACCUUCUUGAGGCUGCUGUCCACAGAGGCUUCUCAGAGCCUCACCUACCACUGCAAGAACAGCGUGGCCUACAUGGACGCAACCACCGGCAACCUGAAGAAGGCCCUGCUGCUCCAGGGCUCCAACGACGUGGAGAUCAGAGCCGAGGGCAACAGCCGCUUCACCUACAGCGUUGUGAAGGACGACUGCAAGAAACACACAGGCCAGUGGGGAAAGACUGUCUUCGAGUACAAAACACAGAAGACCUCUCGUCUGCCCAUCGUGGACAUUGCCCCUAUGGACAUUGGAGGAGCGGACCAGGAGUUUGGCGUGGACGUGGGAGCAGUCUGCUUCUUGUAAAGUGGAAUAAACACGACGGCUAAAAAACCAAAAAAAACAUGAAAGAAAUAGCUCGACCAUAAAACAACACUCCACAAAAAAAGAAGACAGGAACAAAAAAGAAAAUGUAUACUUUUUCUCUCACAAAGAAGUGCUCUCCAAGUUUUACUCCAUGGAUGCUAGCACUGAAGGGCACCGGCAAUAUCUGUGCGUUAUUCCAGCACUCCCUUUCAACCAACUUCCUGAGAUCCAGUCACGUUUCACAUGGCCCACAGUUGACAGGAAUGAGUUUGAGCCAGGAGGAAGAGGGACCAAGCCAAGGGACAAGUGAAACAGAAACAUGACUUGAUGUCACUUAUUUAUUGUGUAAAACCUUAAAGGGGUGAGGUAAAGUAGGACUGGCGGGGCAUUACCAUAACAGCAACAUAAGCCCCUCCCACUCCUACUCAACCUCCCUCCCCCAGUCACCUUCCAGAACAAGCUACAUAUAGACCAUUUCGAAUCAAUGUAGACCAAAAAAUAUUUUCAGUAAUUAUAGAAGUCCAUGUGCUCCAAAUAUUUUUUUUUACCAUCAAAACCAUGAGCAAAACAUUUUUACUGUGUAUUAUAAAUCCUUGGUUCCAUUGUUGUAAAAGUCUGUGUUUAUAAACAACCAGAUGGUUUUAUAUCUACGUUGUGUGUACAUGUGUCAAUAUGCACACCAACACUGUUUGGAAAGUGAGGUUUCAUUUGGGAUGUAUUUUUCAUUGUCCUUUACCCCUUGACUGCCCAUUAGAGAAACAUGUUUUAUUCAGAUCACCAACAACCAAAAUUUUCUAAUAAAAUUGGGGAAAAUAAAUCUGUUUUGUUGUAGUCAUCCUGAUUGUUUAAAGCUACCUCACGCUGAAAAACAAAGUGAAAAUGUUGACCUUAAAUCUUGAGCUGACCAAAAUUAGCUUUCAGGUGGAUCUGCGACUGAACGGCCAAUCUUUGCUUUGGGUUGCUCGGUCUUCAGAAGGUGCUAUGAGUUUGAGAUUUCAGUCUCUGCCAUUGUCCCCCCCCCAAUUCCCACUAGCCUCACAGCACAUACACAUCUCACCCUGGAGGACAGGUGCAGCCGGGCAAGGCAGAGAAACAAAGGGCUUCUGGGUAGCCUCCUAUGGAGUCCAGUUCAUGCCCCCACAAACAGAAUCACGGGACUCCAUGGAGAGCCGCCUAAAAUGACCAGGGUGGGUUGUCUUGGUGUGUGUGAGGGUGUGUAUAUUUUUUUUGUUAUUAUUAAUAUUAUGAAUAUUUUUUUUUGUUUGGUUUUUGUUACACUUUUAAUUGAUGUAAAUUGGAAAUAAAAAGGAAAAACUAAGUAACAAUGAAGUUGAUUUUUAAUUGAGUUCCUUAUAAGUACGUAAAAUGGCAUGGGGUUGAAUAGCUUUGUUUUUGUUAACGGAACCCACAGUUUAUGUACUGUUUUUGUUUUAGUUGCAUUUCUUCAGAGGUCAGCCAUCAUUCUUGAAUGUUUGUGAGUGCAUGGUGUAUGAGCGAGUAAGCAUGCGUGUGUGUGUGUGAGAGGGACUGUGUUUAUAGCUAUAAAAGAAUCAACAGAGAAACAUACUGUAUUCUUUCAGUGGUUUCAGGGCGGGGCUGGGCAUGGUUGGCUUCUGAUUGUUUGAACUAAUAGAUAUGAAUAAAGAAACUGAUGUGCUGAA